UAUUUGGAUGGUUGGUGCAUCACGUGUGUCUCGUGGCUUGUGGCAAGGCGUUCCAUUUCGAGAUUCACGGGCGGCCUUGACACCGGAUUCUCCUGCGUCACCCACACUACCUCUCACACACUCCACCACGCGCACACCUCACCUCGCGCCCACCGCCUCACAUGUGAUCGCGUUUCUCGGAUGCCCGCCAAGGCAGCACAGCUUUGGCGGGGCAGCAGCCACGAGCCGUAGGUCCGCAGAAGCUGCCUGGGGGGAGGGGGGUUGUCGCAUUGCCCGGGGGCAGGGUGCUAGUUGAUUUUCCGCCUCGGGACGGUGCGGAGGGGCCUUUAGUAUGUCGUCGGCGGCGCAUCAUCACUCCGCGCGCACUCCCCGCUCCCGCUGGCACGGCGGGGCGCACAAGGGGGGGUAUGGAAUCCGCGCGGCGCGCGUCAUCCAGGCGUGCGCCUUCGCUAUAGUCACGCUCUGGCUCUGCUAUCACUGGUCGCACGCCCCCCGCCGCCAGCCCCCCCGCGACGACGCCGUGGCCGCGGCGAGCGCGGGGCGGCUGCAGGUUCGGGGGCUCGUGGUGGAGCGGCCCAAGCCCAAGGACGUGGGUCGGCGGAAGAGCCGCAGCGUGAUCUCCCUGGAGGGGCCCGGCGACCGCGACCUGCUGCCGGGGGACGGCGCGCUGGCGGAGGGCGCGCAGGGCGGCGGGGGGCUGGCGGGGGGCGACAUCGUGACGCGCAUCGUGGCGAAGGCGGGGCGCGCGCAGGGGCAGGGCGUGAAGCUGAAGGACCUGGUGGAGGCGAAGGCGCAGGGCGGGGGGAACCUGCUGGGGGAGUUCGGGGGGGAGGCGGAGGAGGAGGGCGAGCGCAAGUGGGAGGACCAGGGGGAGAUGGAGGAGCGCGCGCUGGUGGACCUCAAGGGCGGGGGGCGCGAGGCGAAGGUGGUGCAGCGCGCCAUGGAGGAGACGAGGGCCGUGGAGGGCGAGGGCGAGGGGGAAGGCGGGGCGGAGGGGGAGCGCGAGGGCACUGCGCCAUCCGCGCUUGAAGUGGCGGGGAGGGGUGAUGAGGAUGAGGAUGAUGGUGAGGAGAGGAGUGAGGGGGGUGGAGCAGGGGAGGCCGCGGAGGGGGGCAGCAGGGCGGAGCACAGCAGCGACGCCCGCGAGUGGCAGCAGCGCGUGGCCAGCAGCAGCACGGCGCACCCGGUGCUGCUGGCAGGCACGCCGUGCAUGGCAGUGCGAGCCGACCCCGCGUCGGCGCGCAUGCUGCUGGCGCUCAGAGGCGGCCGCGUGCACAUGCCCGCGCACCCCCCUGGCCUCCUCACCUCAGUGCCGCCCCUGAUGCUGCCGCUGCUGCCGCCCGUGCUGCAGGGCCGCGUGCUGACAGCGUUCCAGGCGGACUCGGGUGGUGCUGGCGGCGGGGCGAGGGGCGGGCAGGGCAGCACGCAGAGCAUGGCGUGGCGGGGGCGAGUGCAAGUGGGUACAGUGGGGGGGAGAGGGGCGAGGGGGAGGGCGAGAGGGUGGGCGGCGAGGACCGGGAGGGGGAGGAGGAGGAAGUGCGCGUGGGGGUGAGCGCGGAGGUGCUGGAUGAGCGGGCCAUCGCCGUCACAUGGACUGUGGCACCCGCCCUCCCCGCAGCAGCACGGCACGCCCGCCGGCCGUUUGCGGCUCCCCUGGACUUGCAGC